CGGGCCAGCCCUCCUCCGUCCCGCCCUCAGCCCGGCUCCGCUCCGGCAGCAUCCGUCUCCGCACUGGAUCACUUACUAACGCACACCAAAAGAGGCUGCGGGGAAACAGAACUGGCGACAGAACAGGGGGUGAAAAAAGCACAUCACACGAGCUGUUGCUGCUCAACAUUGUGAAGGCGGACCGUGUUACAGAAAGCCACCAGCAGCCGGCUGUCCUUUAUUAUUGAAACUGGACAGCACACAGCGGUGGUACUCCGGAGGUCCCACUCAGAUGUUGAGGUGCACACUGCAGGACUGUGUGUGAACAGUAAAAUGAUUUGAUAUUCGCACUGGAUACAACCAAUCGGUGUUGUAGAUGAUAAGAGGGAGCAUGAAGUUUGCGGUCGCGGUGCUGUGCUGGUCCCUCACUCUCGGGGAGGCUACUAUGGAAGCGCAGGAAGACUUUGUGUCGCUGGCCGAGAUGGAGGAUUCCUUGUUGAGGAACCUUUUCAGGGGUUACCAGAAGUGGGUGCGGCCUGUCCAUCACUCGAACGACACCAUCACUGUAUGCUUUGGACUCAAGAUCUCACAGCUGGUUGAUGUGGAUGAAAAGAACCAACUGAUGACUACAAAUGUCUGGCUCUGGCAGGAGUGGGUUGACGUGAAGCUGAAGUGGAACCCAGAUGACUAUGGGGGCAUUACCUCCAUCAGAGUGCCUUCAGAGACUAUUUGGCUGCCUGAUAUUGUCCUGUAUGAAAAUGCGGACGGUCGCUUUGAGGGUUCUCUGAUGACCAAAGCCAUUGUGCGCUGGGAUGGCACCAUAACAUGGACUCCACCAGCCAGCUACAAAUCCUCCUGCACCAUGGACGUCACCUUCUUCCCCUUUGACCGUCAGAACUGCUCCAUGAAGUUCGGCUCCUGGACUUACGAUGGAAACAUGGUGGACCUGGUCCUAGUGGAUCACUAUGUGGACCGUAAAGACUUCUUCGAUAACGGGGAGUGGGAGAUCCUGAAUGCAACAGGACAAAGGGGAAGCAGGAGGGAUGAGGUGUACUGGUACCCGUUUCUCACCUACUCCUUCAUCCUCAAGAGAUUGCCUUUGUUCUACACCCUCUUUCUCAUCAUCCCAUGCCUCGGCCUCUCCUUUCUAACUGUGCUGGUGUUUUAUUUGCCAUCCGACGAAGGAGAGAAACUGUCACUUUCCACGUCUGUGCUGGUGUCGCUCACUGUGUUCCUCCUUGUCAUAGAAGAAAUCAUCCCUUCAUCUUCAAAGGUGAUCCCACUGAUUGGAGAAUACCUGCUCUUCAUCAUGAUCUUUGUCACUUUCUCCAUCAUCGUCACCGUCUUUGUCAUUAACGUCCACCAUCGUUCCUCUGCCACCUACCACCCCAUGGCCCCCUGGGUAAAGAGCCUGUUCCUCCAGAGACUGCCCAGGUUGCUGUGUAUGAGGGGGCACACUGACAGAUUCCACUUUGCCGAUAUGGAGAUGCGCAGCCCGGAGCUGAAGACCCGUAAAGGUGUGGGGAGGAGGGGGGCUCCUGGCCACAGUGGCGGUCAGCAGAGAGGCCCCCUCGCAGGGAAGGAGGACGAGAACCAAGCCUGGCUGGCCAUGCUGGAGAAAGCCACAAAUUCAGUUCGCUACAUCAGCCGUCACAUCAAAAAGGAGCAUUUCAUACGAGAGGUUGUUCAAGACUGGAAGUUCGUGGCUCAGGUGUUAGACAGGAUUUUCUUGUGGGCUUUCCUCACAGUGGCAAUAAUGGGAACUGUCCUAAUCUUCACCCCUGCUCUGCAAAUGUUCUACAGCACACCUUGAUGAACACACACACAAACUCAUGAAUACUCAUGACAGCGACUUAAUGAUGAAACUCAAAAAAACAUUCACACUGUUUAUUUAUUUUCGAGUAGUUCUGAACUAUGGUUUGCAUUUUGUAAAGACUCGUUGAACUGUAGUGUUAGAUGCAACUUGUUAUUCAUUGUGAGGUGCAUGCACGGGAGUGCAGAGGAAUGAAAGCAAUAAGCAUUAUAGUAUGAUUUGAUUAUCCAUGUUUGUUUAACUCUAACAUUGUAAGUAUACAUGCAACAACAUGCAGUAUAUCAAUCCAUGUUGUCCAGCCAGCUGUGAAUGCUGUAAUGAUGAUGAUAAUUAAAAGAAAUCAAAUGUACCACAUCAUUUUUCCAGUUCUGCUUUGAGGCUAACUUAAUGAUUUCAACCUGGCAGAGUCUGUUUGUGUUCAUUUGAUUAACUGCGAAGUUCUUGUUUGUUAAUACUGGGUUCAACACAAAAGCAUCAGACAAUUAAAUGUUCUGGUGCUUAAAGGGAUAUAUGGACAACUGAAGCCGUUGUCUGCUCUUUUCAAAGCCACAAGACUCCUUUGACAAAAACAGUGAGUUUACCAUGCAGAACACAGGAGCUGCUGGUCUACCACUGCCUUGAUCGCUUAUUUUGAUUGUGCUAUUGUGCUUGCUUGUUAAAUACUAAGUAAAACACAAUACAAAAAGAAUGCUUCCUUGUUCACUGUACUGAAGGGUUAAUCAGGCCCUGUAUGCAGUGGAGCAAGCAUGUUGGGUCUUUGGCUGUAAUGACACAGUAUCACCACUAAACGGCAGCAAACAUCCUUUUAAACAGGUGAGUUUGUUUUACAGACUUUAAUGAUGUGAUAAAAAGUAUUUCAGAUAUAGUAUAUAUGCGCACACAAAUAGGAAGUUAACGCAUUACCUAUCAGGAUGCCAUGGUGCAUAUUUUAAUGACUAAUGAUGUAUCUUCAUUCACAGUUUCUACCCGGAUGAGCAGGUGUCAUCAAUAUCCAACAGAGCAGUGCAGAUAAGAAAGAGCACAACAGAAUACAAAUCUGUCCGCUGAGAUUAGAAACAGCAGAUACUCUAUGAAGCUCAAAAUGUUGACUCUUUGUUGAGAUUCAAGCCCAUAUUUGUAGUGGUGGGGUAUAGGUCACAUUAUACUGUUACACCCUUCUCAGCAGCUAUACUUAAGCUUCCCUGAGUUGUCAGCGUUGCUAAAGGGCACAUCAUCAUAUUGUUACAAGUGGAGACAGUGGCUCGCUCCUUUUCUACGCACUUAUUUUCCCAGCUGGCUGAGUUUGUCUGUUUGAACCGCCAACCUUCCGGUUAUUAGCUGCUGCAACUUUAGCCUUCGGGCUUUCGUCACAAGUGGCAGUGCCUGGUGAUACCACUGCCUUGUGUGCUUUGGCCUAGUU